AUGACACACCCCUACCUCCCCACGGAGCUAAUCGAGCUAAUAUCCACCUACCUGGACCUCCCCACCUUCCGCUCCAUGCGCCUAACCAGCCAGGAACUAAGCAAGCAAACCCUCCACCACCUCCGCACCCACUACCUCUCUACCCAGCACCUCUCCUGGACCCGUUCAAGCCUCGACGUCUUCUUAGCAAGAAACACGCACCCCACCCUCUCCGGCGCACUCAUACAUCUCGUGGUGGAUGCUACACCACACCACGCGCAAACCCUCUGGCGCGCGAGCAAAACCAUUGCUGAGAAACAAGCUGCUUCGCCAUGGCCACAUACAGGCGGCGCGGAGCUAAACGGGCAGUUGAAUGCUGCGCGUACGGCAUCGACGGCGGCGAAUACGUUUUUCAAUGAGACGAGGUGGGAUAUCAAGGUUCUCAUGACGGUGUUUGCGAGCCUGGGUAAACUGGAGAGUUUGGUGUUUGAGUACGCCGGGUUGGAGAUGAAGUAUGCGAAGUUUGGGAAUAGGUAUUGUGCGUGUAGUCAACAUGAGAUGAGUCGACCGUUUGUUAGUACCAUGGCGGCGGUGGCGGCGACGGGGUUGCGUGUUGGUGGUAUUCACGUCGGGGACAGCAACUAUGGCGCUGUUGGUAUUGGGCGGUUGGAGAGUCUAGCACCGGUUCUUGGAAAGUUUGACGAGGCGUUUGCGAAAUUAACGUCAUUGGAACUUCGUCUGCGCGAUUGGCGCUGCCCGGAUGAGGGUUUCGCACUCGACGAUAAUGCACGCGCGCCCUUCGUAGUCCGUUUCCUGGCAAAAGCCGCGCAGCUGAAAGAGUUGAAACUAGAUUGCCACACCAACUUCGAAGACGACGUCUUCGGACACAUGGCCCGCCACUGCGUCUUCCCCCAGCUGAAGCGCUGCAAGCUAACCACACUACCCAUCAACGUCCACAACCCGCGCGACCUGCACACUUUCCUGCUGCCCUGUACAGAGACCCUCGAAUUUCUGCACCUGCAGUCCGUGCUGUUGCCGGGAGGUGGCGAGGAGGCUUCUUGGCCGGAGUUACUGGAAGACCUGGCGAGCGAUGAGACGGUGUUGAAGACGCUGAAGGAGCUCAUGUUGCAUAAUUUGUUUGCGGCAAAGGGGAAUCGUAUAUGGUUUAGGGGGGCUCCGUUGGGCAGCUUGUUGGGGGAGCACGACGAGGUGGGCUUGUGGAGGAGGGAUAUCUUGGAUCGGGAUAUUAUUCCGUCGUCGUCGGGGUCGAGGGACAUGUGGGAGGGUUUGGUUGGGGCGUAUCCAUGGGUGGGUUUCAUCUGA